AUGGAUGGCAAUCAACUUUUAGCUUACACUCCACGUCUUCCAUUGACAAGUCUUCAUGUCAUGGGUGCUAGUAUGAGUCAAUUUCACGGCUAUAUCGUCAAUUAUCCUGCCUUAGAGGUAUUGCAAAUAACUUGUAACUCGAAUACAAAUGCAUCAUGUCAAAUUAGUGUGAUCAAAUUAUUUGACUAUAUGAAGUAUCUGUGUUCUCUAUCAAUAACUGUACGACCAGAUCGUAAUCCAUAUGCAACAGGGCACUCAUCUAGCUCUGUUUUAAAAGAUAUUGCUGAAAGCGUUGGAACGAGUUCAUUGCAGUCCUUUGCAUUUCCAUUACCAGUUGAUAUUCGUGGUUAA